AUGAUAUUACUGCUUUUAUUGGCUACGCAAAUCUUUGCCUAUGAUAUACCAGAGCAGGUCCAUGUCGCGGUUGGCGCAUAUCCAGGCUUAAUCCAAUUCACAUGAAGCACACGUCAAUCAACACCGACCUCAGCAGUUCGUAUUUGACUCAAUCCUUCCUACUUCAAGUAUUAUUAUGGCAUAUCUAAUAUCUUCACCAGUGGAAAUAAUUCUUGGGUCAUUCAUACCGCAAAUGCUACAUUAUAUCCAGGAGCCACUUAUAUGUACCAGGUAGGCUGCAUUUUGACUAAUUUCAGCCAGAUUUUUAAAUUGACAGUUCCUCCAAGCACUGGGUCGUCCUCUACUUACCUGAUCUAUGCUGACCUUGAUAUUGGCUUAAAUGGAAAUCUAUCAUGGGCUGAGAUAGAAAAUAGAUGGCCUCAGCUGAAUGUUGAUGCAGUUAUUCACAUGGGAGACAUUGCUUAUGAUCUCAGCUCUGAUAAUGGGGCUUGGGGAGAUACUUUUAUGAACUCAAUCCAGCCAGUAGCGAGCUCAGUACCAUAUAUGGUAUGUGUCGGAAAUCAUGAAGAUUCUGAUUACUAUGAAAGCUACUUAUUCUCGCUAAUUAAGAAGUUAAGAAAACCAUAAAAAUACCUAUUUUAGGCAAAAAAUUAAUUGCGUUUAAGAAUAAAAUAAUUGUUCAACAUAAAGAAUUUUUUAAUAGAAUUAAUCAUUAUUAUAGCAAAAUCUCCUAAAUUUUAAACAGCUUUCAUUCUUACACUGAAAUUUAAUAAAGUAAAUUCGAUCUUUCUUUUCAAAAUAAUUGGGGUCUUAAUUGAUUUUUUUUAAAAAAAUUAAAACAAUAAAAAAUCUUGCUUACUCUUAAAGGGAGAGAGCUAGCGAGGUUUGCUAUGCCAAACAAUCAAUUUUAUUAUACCUGGGCUAGCGGGUAUGUAAGAUUCUUACUCCCCAUCUUUAGCGAGCGAGCAAAACCAUUGAAAAUCCCUUUUUUUGGAAAUAAAAACCUCCAAAAUUUUUAUAGAAAUAUUUUAUAUAACUAUUAUAAUGAAGUCUCUGUUAAUCCUGUUGAAUUUUAAACAGCUUAAAAUUUUUGCAAUUGGGAUUUUUUUAAAUUCGAAACAAAAAAUAACCCAUUUUGUAGUGGGCAAAAUUUUUUGUUGUCAACGAAGGAGCGAAUUAGCAAUUGAUACAGAAACGAUAGUCAAUCAAUUUCCAAAUAUGACUGAUAUGAUAGAUUAUGUCGAAGACGUUUUAAACAGACCUCAAGCUGAUAAAGAAGCUUACCCGUGGUUGAUUGUUUAUGGACAUAGACCGUUUUAUUGCUCAUCACUCGAGAAAAAGGGUGCGUGCGGUCCUGAGGCUCAAUUAUUGCAAAGUGCUUUAGAAAAUUUGUUUUAUAUAGUCAGGGAAAGGUUAUAACCUUCCCUAAGAACUCAGUAGUCAAGCCAACAUUACAUGUAUAGUGUCAUAUCCUAACCAACUUUGUAUUGAUAAGCUAAUAGACUCUAGAGAUGAUAUUGAUGGUUUUUUGACAUAGUCUAAAGGUCUUCCACAUCUAUACAUAUAAUGUAGAUUUAUAUGUCAACGGGCAUGUUCACAAUUAUGAGAGAACAGCCCCAGUUUACCGAGAAAAAGUUAUGGGAAGUGGCGGAUCUGGAAAUAUUUAUAUAGAUCCUCUAGCAACGAUAUAUGUGACAACUGGAGGAAUAGGAGCUGAUGGGGAUAAUGUUGAUGUCAAUACUAAAAUUGUUCCAAGCUGGCUUGUAGCACAAGAUGAAAAUUUGUCUUACUCCUCCCUUUAAAUUAAAGCAAAAUAUAGAAUUUCAGUUUUCCUUUAAACCGAAAAAAGGCUUUAUAGCUAAAAAAAUAUUUACUACGUAAAUUGCUUUAAUAUUGAAUUUAACGUGGCACAAGAAGAUAUAAUUGACUAGCUUAUUUUAUUUAAAAUUUUAGUAUAAAUAGAAUGUUAAUAAAACAUAAUUAGCACUUUGAAUGAUAAAUUCUAUAGAAUAAUUUUAUAAAAAUCUUUUUUCCUAUAAACAAUAUAUAUUAAUUUUUAUACCAAAAAUAAUUAAUCCCUUUAGAUUGGGACAAAUAUUUUUGUUCGAAUUUUAAAUGGAAAGAGUUAUAGCAUAUUAACAGUUUUCAACGCUACCCACUUAGUUUGGCAGCAGUGGGAGACUGGUAAAGAUAGAACUUCAGAUGAGUUUUGGAUUAUUAAAGGCUUGUCUGCCUUUGCUGAGUAA